AUUUACCAACAGGUUCAAUCAGCUUCUUCUACGACAGUCGGAUCGGGCAGAUCCGGCUCAAAAUCGGUUACCCCUCGUUCGUCUGGCGGAACACAAGUAAAACAAAGGUGACAAGACUGCUUUCUUCUUUAAAAACCACGUAUUUAAGUAUUAUUUAGCUUCUCUUGGAAGCCUAACCCUAAGCAAUUUGAUCCACAUUUGUUGCUUUUGCCGGCUUAUUUUGUCGUUUCUUAAUAUUUCGUGUUAUGUUUUUUGCGUGAGUUUACAAUGAGUUCUUGUUGGGAUUUGUAUCGGUACAAACCGUUGAGUUGUUUCGGUAGGAUGCGACCUUUUACAUGUUCUUUAAUCCUUAGACGAUAAUGUUUUGUGCUUUGCUCUACACUUGAAAGUAACGGAAUUGUAGUCCCCGAUACAAAUUUAUAGGAUAUGUAAUUUGUGUUUUAAGCUGUUCUAGUUAUUACACGUACGCGUAAGCUUAGAACGCAUAGAUAUAUAAUACCAGACAAUACUGGGUGAAGAACGUACUCCUAAAGGGGAAUUACUCUCGGAUCCAGGUAAAAAAAAUGUUAAACAGAUGUUGCUGCCAAAAAAAUGUAUUUCGUCUAUCAAAAAAUGACCCUUUUGAGAAUAUAAUGACAUUAUACCUUAGCAUGAUUGUGUAUUUCUCCUCACCAUUCUCUUUGCAUUUACUAAGGUUCUCACUAGGAGACUGUGCUUAAUAAUCACGAGCUUGAACUUUCAAUCAUUUCUUUCAUUCUUUUGAACAUAAUCUUUGAUUUGAGUAUGGUACUGUUGGGAAAAUUAUAUGCUUAUUGCUCUUAGCAGCUAAAGCCACUGUAAGAAAGAUUUCACCUUCAUUGCAAAAUUUUCUGAAAAAGAGACCAGGGAAUAAAUAAGAAUCACCACUGAUCUACAAUUACUUACUCUCAACAAAACUGGAUAUAUUUUCAAGUUGAUGUAUUGUCUAGGGACUAUUUAAUUUCUCCCAAAUCAGAAUUCCUUCAAAGAGAGAUGAAAAAAUGGUAUUGCUGUUGCUAAAGAGAAUGUCUUAUUUCAUCACAGGAAAGGUGGAAGUGCUGCCCCUGCAGCAAGAACUCGAUCAGCAGCCAGUAGUAGUGGAAUGUGGAGAUUUUACACUGAAGAUUCUCCAGGACUCAAAGUGUAAGUAGCCUUUGGUUACAGUUACAUUUUACAUGAAAUGAGAAAAAACUUUCAAUCUCAUUGCCUAAUAAAGACUAGCAGUUGAAACCACAUUAUUUAACACAACUGAUUAGCCUGACUCUCACAUCUUGAGACAGAUGAUUUAACUCUCAUUUAUCUUUAAAACCACGAUGAACAACAACAUUUUUUAUAACAAGAAACACAAAGGGCACAUUUUUACCUUCUAGCAUUCCCGACCCUUUCUUUAAUAUAUCCAAAGUGGAAGAAGAGGACUUUUUGCUGGAGUUUUGUUAACCCUUAACUCCCACAAGUGACCAAGACAGAAUUUCUCCUUACAAUAUCAAUACAAAAUCAAACAGACAAGUGAUGAGAAAAAAGAAAAAUAUCAAUAAGGGGAUUAUAAGUAGAUCCAAUACCAAAUUCUCAAAACCAACAUCAUAAGAACUGUGUGGAGGAGAAUUACUAAUGAGAUCUUGGGAGUUAAAGCAGUGGGUGAACAGCAAUGUGUGGUGAUCUCAAGGAUAGCACAAUGUAUUGUGUUUUCUGACAUGUCUGCUUGAUGACUCACCUUGGAAAGAAUCUUCAAGGCAAUGUAAUGGUGAACAGCUUGCAGAUCAGUUUAGUCAUUGAGAGCAACUUUAAAGAAGGAAAUUAAAAUUCUCUCAGUUUUUCAGUGUAUUUCUUAUGUAACAGUUUUGUUGUAUUUUGGUGAUGGACCAAGGUUUUAAAGUUGCUCUUCUUAAAUAUUUAUUACUUUUUAACUUGGGUUUUCUUUCUUCCCAACAGUGGCCCUGUUCCUGUGUUGGUCAUGAGUUUAUUGUUCAUUGCUUCAGUCUUCAUGCUUCACAUCUGGGGAAAAUAUACACGUGGAUAA